AUGUCGUCCAGCAAGAAACGAGCGACGGUGCCGUCAGUCCUCUCCCAAGAGGAGGUGCAGCAAAAUUACACACGCCUGCAGGGUGAGAUGCAGAAUAUCGCAGGAAAGAUUGGAGAGCUUGAGCAGGAGGCCGAGGAGCAUGUGCUCGUCCUGGUGACCCUCAACGAAGCUCUGGGGAAAGAUCCGAAUAGGAAAUGCUUUCGACUGAUUGGUGGCGUACUCGCCGAGCGGACGGUGAAAGAUGUCGUACCGCAAUUGCAGAACAAUUGCGAUAACAUUAGGAAAGUGGUGGAAAAUCUCGCAGAUCAAUACAAGGCGAAGGAGUCCGAGUUUGACAAGUUCAAACGGGACUAUAACAUCAGAGCAGUCCGUGCGUAG